AUGGGGAGGAGCGGACCACUAGGAGGAGUUCGGGGAUUAGCACCUCCAGAGCCUCACAGAGUGUCAUCUUACGAGCCCCAAGCAGAGGAGGAUGUCACCAGACCCAACAGAUCACAGAGAAGCCACUCAGAUGCCUAUAUGACCCCUAACCCGAUGGAGUACACGAUGCCACCAUCGAGCACACAUUCGGGUGAACACUCGGGUCCAUUCCCUCCGACCUAUCAGAUGCCAUAUCCGAUGCCGUACUCGAUGCACCCUGCGAGAGGCUACACAGGUGACCAUUCCGGACCUCUCCCACCGCACCCAUCGUACUACCCGAUGUCCUACCUGAUGAGUUACGCGACGCCUUACCCGAUUAACCCCUUGGAUGCUGGUCCGAGCAAAUCGUCUGUGCACAUAACCGAGCUCUCUGAUGAGUGA